AUGACGGGCAUCGCCGCCGCUUCCUUCUUCUCCAAUUCGUGCAGGUUCGGAGGAUGCGGGCUCCAGUUCGAGUCUCUCGCCGAGCUCAUCGUCCACAUCGAGGACAAUCACAUCGACACAGAUCCUCGAGUUCUGGAGAAGCAAGAACAACAGCAGCCCACCUACCUGGCCCUCAGCUACAUCAACAGGUUCAUGACGGAUGCGGCACGGCGAGAGCAGGAGACCAUGAAGAAGAAAGCGGCACCCAAAUUGUCGCUGUCCAUCACGGGCACAGUGUCCAGGAACAGCACGGCCACGCCCCCUCGCCAUACUAGUGGCAACCUGACGCCGCCCGUCACGCCCCCGAUCACGCCUUCCUCCUCCUUCCGCAGCAGCACGCCGACAGGGAGCGAGUAUGAUGAAGAGGAGGUGGACUAUGAGGAGUCCGACAGCGACGAGUCGUGGACCACCGAGAGCGCCAUCAGCUCUGAGUCAAUUCUUAGCUCCAUGUGUAUGAACGGCGGUGAGGAGAAGCCAUUUGCGUGCCCUGUGCCGGGCUGCAAGAAGAGAUACAAGAACGUGAACGGCAUCAAGUACCACGCCAAGAACGGCCAUCGCACGCAGAUCCGCGUGAGGAAGCCAUUCAAAUGCCGCUGCGGGAAGAGCUACAAGACGUCGCAGGGCCUGAGGCACCACACCAUCAACUUCCACCCGCCCGUCUCCACCGAGAUUCUGCGCAAGAUUCAAGGCUAG